AUGACAUUUAAUGGGCUGUUGAGAACUACCAGAUUUCUUAAAACUGGCCAACAUUUUUAUAUCGGGAACUACAGGGAUUUCAGUUUGUAUGAGUUCGCCGCACCACCAAGACUACAACAUGUUAUUGUACCAGUAGAAAAACAUGUAGGAAUACGAUCUGAGAAAAGUCCGAAGUGCACUUCAGUGUUUAUGCAUAUGGAAGACCCCCUGGCACACCUAAACGGGGACGACCCGUACACUCCUCUGGUCACAGUAGAUGACCUAACGCCGGCCGGAAAGAAACUUAGAGGAACAGGAAUACACGGACCAGAACGUACAGACGUGUUUAGACUAGUACUUUUUAACCGAUUGAGGGCUCGCCAGUUACAGAGGCUCGUACCAAGCACAGAAGAGUCAAUGGCAGACCACAAAGUUCUCGCAUCCUCUUUCUGGUUUACAUUCUCCUCAUUUACAGUUAUGUUCAUCAUGUUCAACUACGGCUUAGAUUACGCCCUGUACCACGAACACUACCCAUGGACUCCACCCAGAACUGACGGUACUAGAGGCCCAGGCCCAAUGUACUGGUACGUUGUUUAA